UGAAGUUCGUCAAUAUAUGUCUGGGCAGUUCAUUCCAAACGUGUUGUAGGCGCGGAGCGUUCGGAUUACGAUUAUUUGCUUCAUAUAAAAUGGCUCACUGCGAACUUGUGAGCAUUUGAAUGUCUUCAGUACUGUAAUCUAUAACAAGGAUGUACUCUGUACUAACCGCCAAGUGCCUGGUAUUUCUCAUAAUGUUGCCUGGACUGUGUGCUCUGUUUUGGGAGAGGGAACACGGUGAUCGAAGGCUGGAUAGAAGAACGUACCUGAAUUUGCCUAAUCUCCUGAAAGAAUCAGGGUCAAGGCAUUCUAAACAUUUACAACAAGAACAAGCUCAGUAUAUUUCCACAGUCAAACGUGGGGACAGAUUUAGCAUUAACGACCUCAUUGCUUACCUCAAAGGCAUGCUCGGAAGCGAUGAAAUCUACCACACUGGGAGAUCAACAUACGUUCGUUGGGGAGCAGGAGGCUAAAAGGGUGGUACCACGUGACUACUACCCGCAGGUGUUUCAAAGAAAAUCUUAAAUCAGUUAUUAUGAUGGGAAAAGUAAGAUGUUGACAAUUGAUUAUUGAAAUUCUUCUUGGAUAUUAAGUCAGUUAAUUUUAUUAUUUUUUUUACAACCAUUAUAAACGUUGGUUUUGGAUAUUAAGUCAGUCGUUAAAUUGUUGUUAAAUUGAUUGACGAUUUUCUUAAUGUAUUUAAAUGAAUAUUUAUAAUCCUGUAAAUCCCGUAUAGAUUACAUUAAAUUAUACAUGUGUGUAUAUUGGUUGGAUUAUCAAUGUGAAUCAUUUAACUUGUUAAGCGUUGAUAAUGUAAUGAAUAAAAAAAAUCUUCAUGCACAA